AUGCCUGGUCGCGUGGAGGUUGUGCCGAUACCUCUCUUGACCCCCUACUUCCCCAAGUACUCUGAGGGCGUCGAAGACAGUUUCUAUGCCCUGCUGAGCGGUGAGGUAUCCGCAGUCCUCGGCGGGUCCGCGCCGUACCUCCAAGCCGACGAAGAAUGGCCGCGCUGCAAGACCUGCGGGCAUGCCCUCAUCCCGUACCUCCAGAUCAGCCUCUCUUCCGAGAAGACGCCCGAGGAGUUCCGCCAGCACGUUCCGCCCCUCGUUCCCGAGGGCGCGACGAUCCUCCAGGUUUUUCUCUGUGUAGAGGAGAUCGCCGCCGGGUUCUGCUUCGAAGCGUGGCUCACCAUGCAGGUCGAGGGCGAGUCGUGGCUCGUGCGCCAGGUCCACGUCGACGCGGAUGCGACUGGGGUCGGCACCGCGUCUGCCGCUCACGACGAGGCGCACGGGAGGCUUGAAGAGAAGGGCCAGCUCAUUCCCGAGCGCGUCAUCUCCGAGUGGAUCGCCGGGAACCCCGACACUGUGCACUGGGAGGCGUGCACGGGCGCGGACUUUGACGAGACGUUUUACGAGGCGCACGCUCCCGUAGACGGUCUCAAGCUUCUGGGCUAUGAGGUGCUCGGUAAGUACUACUACGGUAUGGGCGACGAUGGCAGGGACCAUUGCACGGUAGGCGAUGGAGGGCCGCACUGCGAUUGGCGGUGUCUCGUACAGCUAGGCACGCGGGAUGAAGACAGCUUCCCGAUAUACUCCAUCGGGAACCUCUUUAUAAACCAAUGCGAGCGGCACCCAGAAGUCCUCGAAGCGGUUUAUAGCGGGACGUGGUGA